UUGAGUGCCAUGAACUCUCUCCUUAAAAUUACAGCUUCACCAGAGAGCUAGGGCUUUGAACGCACUCUCCAUAUAAAUUUCACUCUCACUAACGAAGCUAGAGGAUGCAAUACUGAAUAUCCUCAACCUCUAGUGAAAAAUAUGGCGUUAGCGUUUGAUGAGUUUGGUCGUCCCUUUAUACUGAUCAAGCAGCAAGAUGAGAAGUCCAGGUUGCGUGGACUCGAUGCUCAGAAAGCCAACAUCUCUGCCGGCAAAGCUGUGGCUCGGAUCCUCCGAACCUCGCUUGGACCCAAAGGCAUGGACAAAAUGCUCCAGAGCCCGGACGGUGACGUCACAAUUACAAAUGAUGGUGCGACGAUCCUUGAGCAGAUGGAUGUUGACAAUCAGAUUGCAAAGUUGAUGGUUGAAUUAUCUCGUAGUCAGGAUUAUGAAAUUGGUGAUGGGACAACUGGUGUUGUUGUUUUGGCUGGCGCACUUUUGGAGCAGGCUGAACAACUUUUGGAACGUGGAAUUCAUCCUAUUCGAAUUGCAGAGGGAUAUGAAAUGGCGUCAAGAAUAGCUGUUGAACACUUGGAUCAUAUUGCUCUGAAGUUUGAAUUUGGGGUUUCUAAUAUAGAACCUUUGGUUCAAACUUGCAUGACUACUUUAAACUCCAAGAUAGUGAAUAGAUGCAAGCGCAAUUUGGCUGAAAUUGCUGUGAAAGCUGUUCUUGCUGUGGCAGAUUUAGAGAGGAAAGAUGUUAAUUUAGAUUUGAUAAAAGUUGAAGGAAAAGUUGGCGGAAAGCUGGAGGACACUGAGCUAAUAUAUGGGAUCACUGUUGAUAAGGAUAUGAGCCAUUCCCAGAUGCCAAAGCGAAUUGAAGAUGCUAAAAUUGCUAUCUUGACUUGCCCCUUUGAGCCUCCAAAGCCAAAGACUAAACAUAAGGUGGACAUUGAUACUGUGGAAAAGUUCCAGACUUUACGAAUGCAGGAGCAGAAAUACUUUGAUGAUAUGGUUCAAAAGUGCAAGGAUGUUGGUGCUACCUUGGUGAUCUGUCAAUGGGGUUUUGAUGAUGAGGCAAAUCACUUAUUAAUGCACAGGAACUUGCCUGCGGUCCGUUGGGUUGGUGGUGUAGAAUUGGAGCUUAUAGCAAUAGCCACCGGUGGACGAAUUGUUCCGAGGUUUCAGGAGUUGACACCUGAAAAGCUGGGAAAGGCUGGUUUGGUUCGAGAGAAGUCUUUUGGUACAACAAAAGAUCGAAUGCUGUACAUUGAACACUGUGCAAAUUCAAGGGCAGUAACCAUAUUUAUCCGUGGAGGUAACAAAAUGAUGAUUGAGGAAACAAAGCGCAGCCUUCAUGAUGCGUUGUGUGUGGCUAGAAAUCUGAUUCGUAACAAUUCCAUUGUUUAUGGUGGUGGUUCAGCUGAGAUAUCUUGCUCAAUUGCCGUAGAGGCUGCCGCAGAUAAAUACCCAGGGGUUGAGCAAUAUGCUAUUAGGGCGUUUGCAGAUGCUUUGGAUUCUGUGCCAAUGGCACUCGCCGAAAAUAGUGGUCUCCAACCAAUAGAGACACUAUCAGCUGUGAAAUCUCAGCAAAUUAAGGAAAACAAUCCAUAUUGUGGAAUAGAUUGCAAUGAUGUUGGCAUAACAGACAUGCGUGAGCAAAAUGUGUUUGAGACACUGAUUGGGAAAAAACAGCAGAUACUUCUUGCAACACAAGUUGUCAAGAUGAUAUUAAAAAUUGAUGAUGUUAUCUCACCUUCCGAUUUCUGAUGUGUCAGGUUAAUUUUUAUGGUUCUGCUUCGCCAACAAUGGAUCUCAUUAUAGUGAAUUUGUUUACUCUUUAUGGUGGUUCAGGUCUUUUGAGAUCAUUUGUUUACUUGACGGGAGUGGGCUUUUCAUACAUAUUUGGGUUUGAUUUACUGGAUUUGUAUUCUGACACAACUACUGCCAUUAAUGUGGAUUGAUGAUUUUGGCUCUUUAGAA